UUCCGGUUCAGUCCGUAAACAGUGAUCUCAUCUCUAAUCUUGCGCCGUCUCCGUUUAGUAGAUUCUCCCAGCAUGUGCGGCGCACCGUCUCCACAGAAAUGACCGUGAAAACAAAUGUUUUUUUUUGCCCGUGUCCUUACGAUCCGCCCGUUCUUUUGACACAAAAAUGAGUAGCUGGGGAUCUUUGAGUUAGCUUGGAACAUGCUAGCAUGCUAAUUAGCCUGUAAAAGGGGCAAACAAGCAGCUGCCUGGUGCAAGCUCUGUUAAAGCUGCUUUAAAGUGUUUUUCACCGGGGUUUUUGCUUGGAGAAUAAUGGAGGGAGUGCUUUACAAAUGGACAAACUAUAUGACAGGAUGGCAACCAAGGUGGUUUGUGUUGGACAAUGGCAUUAUUUCAUAUUAUGAUUCGCAAGAUGACGUGUGCAAAGGUAGCAAAGGCAGUAUUAAGAUGUCAGUAUGUGAAAUCAAAGUUCACCCAACUGACAACACACGGCUGGAGCUGAUCAUACCAGGGGAGCAGCAUUUUUAUGUGAAAGCGGUGAAUGCAGCAGAGAGGCAGAAGUGGCUGGUGGCUCUGGGAAGCUCCAAAGCUGGACUCAUUGACACUAGAACCAAAAAAGAGAGAGAGUUAACAGAAACCACAGAAUCACUGAAAACCAAGAUGUCAGAACUGCGCCUGUACUGUGACUUACUAAUGCAGCAAGUGCACACUAUUCAGGAGUCAGUGGAACAGGAAGGAGAGUCGACGGUGGCCAGCACUGAGACGAGGAACGAGGCGUCCUCAUUACUGAGUGCCACCUGUGAAACCUUCAUCAAAACACUGGAAGAAUGUAUGAAAAUUGCCAAUUCCAAGUUCAAGACUGAUAUGUUGCAAUCCAGUCCAUCUGAUUCCAUAAUGUCCCCCGUGUCCCCCUCUCCUGUCCAAAUGUCUCGGAUGAAGCGCUCAAUCAGCCAUCCUGGCACCUACAAUUAUGAAAGGUCGAGCUUGCCAAAAGAGUGCAUGGUGUUGCAGAAGUCCGCCCAGAGGCGGACACGGACAUGCUCCGAUACAGAAGCUCACAGCGACAGAGGGCCCGAGGAGACGGAGCGCUUGAUGUUCCACAGAGCCAACAUUAAUGGUGACUCCACUCCAAGUAUCCCAGAAGAGGUUGGAACGAGCACAAAGUUCCUGUCGGAAACUGACACUCCGGAAUCUGACCUUUCCCUCUGAAGCGGCUUACGAGAUGGGGAAUAAAAGGAAAACUCGUACUGCUAUGCAGUCAAAGAUUGCAGCAUUAUAUACAGUAGAUGGAUUUUACAAAGUAUCGUUGUAUUUCCUGAUGAAGAAGAAUUCGGCACUUUAUAAAAACAGAUGAUGAAGAAAAACAGUAGUCUGAUUUGAAUGUUUAUACUCUUCCAGGUAUUUUAAGAUAUUCAUUUGCCUUGAUGCUAAGAUGUUUUUUUCCUUUUUUUGUGAUAAAUAAUUAUUGCUGUAUCCCUUCAGUGAAGAGUUGAAGAUGUUUGUACUGGAUUUCUAAUGUGUUGUGUGCAGUUGCCUUUGUCAAAUGGGAACCUUGAGGAAAAGGUUUUUGUUGCUGUGCCAAGGGGUUGUGCUGACAUACGUGCUGACAUUAACUUUGACAGUUUGGAUUUUUAUUCACUCGGCAUGCAAUGUUGUCCAUUAGUUUAUGAUGCAGAAUACAUUUAUUUAUUUUUGUAUGUCACUAGAAUCUCCCCCAAAAAUUGUUUUUGCCUUAAUUAAUUCUUCGCAUGGAGGAAUUUGAUCCAUUAAUUAUUGUAAUGUUUGGAAAAAAUGAUUAAAAAGCUAUAGCAAAAUAAUUUCUUUUAUCUCCAAAAAUCAAAGUGGGUUUUACAAGUAUGAAAAAGAUGAGAGAGAAUUAAUAAUACAAAUGAAACAUUUUAAUGCAGUCCAUGAUGAUUUGAUUUUUUUUUUUUACCCAGCCUUUUUACCCAACAUUUAAUAUUGUUUACUAAUUUAUAAUGCAAAUUACAUUCAUCUUUUUUAUAUGUAACUAGCAUUCCCACAGAAAGUUGUCUAAAGGAAUAGUUCAAAAAGGAAAAUUCUGUCAUUAAUUACUCACCCUCAUGUCGUUCCAAACCCAUAAGACCUUCGUUCAUCGAAAUCCGAGAGCUUUCUAAUUCUCCAUAGACAGCAGUGCAACUACCAUGUUUAUGGCUCAGAAAGGUAGUAAGAACAUCAUUAAAAUAGUCCAUGUGACAUCAGUGGUGUAACCUUAAUUUUAUGAAGCCAUGAGAGUACUUUUUGGGAGCAAGGAACACAAAAUAAAAGACUUUAUACAACAACAACUCUUCUGUGUCAGUCUUUAACUCACAUUUAGGAGAGUAAGUUACCAUGACACACUGAAUAAAGUCAUUUUUUAUCUUCUUUGUGUACAUAAAGUAUUCUCGUAGCUUUGUAACAUUACGACUGAACCACUGAUGUCCCAUGGAGUAUUUUAACAAUAUCUUAACUACCUUUCUGGGCCUUGGACGUGUAAGUUGAUUUCAUUUUUUUCACAGACGAAAACCAGACGACAAAGAAAUAAAACUCGUUUUGAAUGACAAAAACUGACGAAAAUCUAUUGACAUCUUGAUCAACGAAUAAAAGCCAGACAGAAAUGUUAGGGAGGGACAAUUUUAGGAAGAAAAUUACUCUGCUGCGCGGUUAGAUGAGUACAUUUUAACUGUUUCACAGCCUAUUGAUCUACGUGGCAGGACAUAAACUAGCAUACAUUUGCUGUGCGUCUCAUGAAGCAUUCAAAAAUGUAAAUAUCUGGGAGUAAGAGAAGAGCAGACAUAUGGAUAUAUUUGACGACGCAAAAGAGAACUCAAUUCGGUCCGGUUUUCGGAGCGCAGACACUGAAGCAGCGCGUAAGAAUGAAGAAUGUGGUAAACAAGUU